UCUUCUGCAGAGAUGGAGGUACCAGGCUUGGCGCACAACAUCACCAGUCCAUUAAGUCCCUGCGAGGGGAUGAUCAAGGACCUGAGCUUGGACGCCAUACAGUUAUGCGAACGAGAUGGAAGUAAAUCCCAGGAUGGCAGUAUCUCUGAGAUGGAGGAGCUUCCUGUUCCGCAGAACAUCAAGAUCAGCAACAUCACCUGCGACUCCUUCAAGAUCUGCUGGGACAUGGAGCCACGUAGCAAGGAGCGCAUUACACACUAUUUCAUUGACCUGAACAAGAAGGAGAACAAGAACUCAAAUAAGUUCAAACACAAGGAUGUUCCUACCAAGCUGGUGGCCAAGGCAGUGCCCCUGCCCAUGACUGUUCGGGGCCACUGGUUCCUGAGCCCACGCACAGAGUACACCGUGGCCGUCCAGACUGCAUCAAAACAGACUGACGGGGACUAUGCUGUCUCGGAGUGGAGUGAAAUCAUUGAGUUCUGCACUGCUGAUUAUUCCACAGUGCAUCUAAACCAGCUGCUGGAAAAGGCAGAGGUCAUCGCUGGCCGGAUGCUGCGUUUCUCUGUCUUCUACAGGAACCAGAAUAAAGAGUACUUUGAUCAUGCCAGGGAGGCGCAGGAGAACCGGAUGCUGCCUUCAGUGAAGGACAACAGUGGCAGUCACGGCUCACCCAUCAGUGGCAAGCUGGAGGGCAUUUUCUUCAGCUGCAACACAGAGUUCAACACAGGCAAAACGCCACAGGACUCCCCUUAUGGCCGCCAUCGCUUUGAGGUCCGCGCUGACACUUUCUUCAACCCCAACACCAACCUGUACUUCGGGGAUUUCUACUGCAUGUAUACAGCCUAUCACUAUGUCAUCCUGGUCCUGGCACCGAAGGGCUCGAGAGGUGACGACUUCUGUAAGCAGAGGCUCCCCUCUCUCGACAUCACCAACAACCGUUUCCUCACCUGCAAGCAGGAUGAACAGGGUGACGGCGGUCUGGUGUUCCACCACGCUCAGGACGUGAUCCUGGAGGUGAUCUACACGGAGCCUGUGGACCUGGCAUUGGGCACAGUGGCUGAGAUCAGUGGGCACCAGCUGAUGAGUAUGUCUACAGUAAACGCCAAGAAGGACCCCAGCUGCAAGACCUGCAACAUCAGUGUGGGACGCUAAGUACAGGCAGAAUGUAGGAAAGGGACGGAAGGACUAGGGGUGACUGACCUCUGCACACACAGGAAGUCCACAUGUACUGAUGAUGAAGCAGACCAACACAUGCAUGAAGCAGCAGAUUUAGUAGACUCCCAGAAAUGCACACCAACAUAUCUCUGACACCGCUCUGUACUCUCAAGAGACCAUCAUUCCCAAAGAAGAGUGGACGAAAAAAAAAAGAGGAAGGUACACACACUCUGACACCUGCACCGUUGUCUCCUCAUCUUAAAAGGAUUUCCCUAAAUAUUGAAAACACACAUACUUAAAGAUAUCCCACAUAAGGGACCACCGAGUGAGAAAUCUAUACCUGGGACACCAACAACACAGAUCCAUCCAUCCAUCCUUCAAGUCAACACUGGCAUACUGACCAAACCCUUUAACUGUACUAACAAACAUGGGCUGCUUGGAAU